ACAACGAGUCAACCCACGUUUGAUUUUACUGUUUUUCGUUUGUUUAUAAGUAAUGUCCAUUGCUUGGCUGUGACGAGAAGGAAGCGGGCUGCUCCUCUGUCCUAGUUUUUCUCGCUCUUUCGUAUUCUUCAACCCAUCGGCCUGAUCUCUCACUGCCCUUUUUCUUCAAGUAGGUGUUAACAUAUCAAGAAGGAACGUUAUAAUGGCAGAAGAUGAUAUAUAUACAAAAGAUGGUACUGUUGAUAUUCAUAAGAAGCCUGCUAUUAAGAAGAAGACUGGAAAUUGGAAGGCAUGUCGUUUCAUUCUUGGGAAUGAAUGCUGUGAAAGAUUGGCAUAUUAUGGGAUGAGUACCAAUCUAGUGAACUAUCUUCAAAUACGUCUCAAUAUGGACAAUGUAGCUGCUUCAAAUAGUGUCACCAGUUGGUCAGGAACUUGCUACCUUACACCAUUGAUUGGAGCUUUCUUGGCUGAUGCUUACUUAGGAAGAUAUUGGACAAUUGCCAGCUUCUCAAUCUUCUAUGUCUUUGGCAUGACAUUGUUGACAAUGGCUGCUUCAAUCCCUGGAUUAAAGCCAUCAUGUGAUAGUACUGGUUGCCAUCCAAGUGGAGGCCAAACCACUGCCACCUUCAUAGCGCUUUAUUUGAUUGCUCUUGGAACUGGGGGAAUCAAGCCCUGUGUUUCGUCUUUCGGGGCUGACCAAUUUGAUGAAAAUGAUGAAGUUGAAAGGAAGAAGAAGAGCUCCUUCUUCAAUUGGUUUUACUUUUCAAUCAAUGUGGGUGCAAUGAUUGCCUCCUCAGUUUUGGUGUGGAUACAAAUGAAUGUAGGCUGGGGAUGGGGCUUUGGAGUUCCUGCAGUAGCCAUGGCUUUUGCCGUCAUGUUUUUCUUUUCUGGUAGCUCGCUGUACCGUCUUCAAAAGCCUGCAGGAAGUCCUCUUACGAGAAUCUUGCAAGUUAUAGUUGCAGCCUGUCGGAAGCACCAGGUACAAGUUCCAGAAGAUAAGUCUCUUCUUCAUGAGACUGCUGAUGAUGUUGAGUCGAAAAUUGAAGGAAGUCGAAAGCUUGAGCACACAAACAAGUUAAAGUUCCUAGAUAAGGCUGCUGUAGAGACCGAAAAUGAUCGGAUCAAGGGCCUACCGAAUGCAUGGAGACUUUGUACAGUGACUCAAGUUGAGGAGCUGAAGAGCAUUGUCCGGUUGUUGCCUGUGUGGGCCUCUGGAAUAGUAUUUUCAGCAGUCUAUAGCCAAAUGAGCACCAUGUUCGUUCUACAAGGCAAUACAAUGGACCCGUACAUCGGACCAAGUUUCAAAAUCCCAUCAGCCUCCCUUUCCAUCUUCGAUACCCUCAGCGUGCUCUUCUGGGCUCCUGUAUACGAUAGACUCAUUGUCCCGAUGGCGAGGAAGUUCACCAACAACGAGCGUGGAUUCACGCAGCUACAACGGAUGGGAAUAGGACUCGUCAUCUCUGUUUUUUCCAUGGUUACGGCAGGUGCUUUGGAAGUUGUCAGGCUCAACUACGUUAGAAAGAACAACCUCUACAAUGCCGAGUACAUUCCCAUGUCGAUAUUCUGGCAAGUUCCACAGUACUUCCUCAUCGGUUGUGCUGAAGUUUUCACUUUUAUCGGACAGUUAGAGUUUUUCUAUGACCAAGCACCCGACGCGAUGAGAAGCAUGAUGGCUGCCCUGUCUCUCACAACUGUUGGAUUGGGAAACUACUUAAGCACAUUGCUUGUUACAAUCGUGACAAAAGUGACGACGAGACACGGGAGGCUCGGGUGGAUUCCUGAUAACUUGAACAUGGGACAUCUUGACUAUUUCUUCUGGCUGUUGGCCAUUCUCAGCGUGGUUAAUUUCUUUGCCUAUCUCUUAGUGGCUAAAUGCUACACUUACAAAAGGGUAACAGGUCAUUUGCAUUGAAAAUCCAUUCUUGAUGGCUGUUACAUUCUCAGUUCUUAGCUUUUAACUACAUUUUAGUUGAAUAAUUGAAGUGGCUAUGUUAAGAAGUGGCUAUGUUAAGAAGUGGUAGAGCAGAUAGAUAUUGUUCUAACUCUUGGUUGUUUUAUCUUUUCCUCACAAAAAUUCUUUUGUUGAAUAGUCAAAAAGUGUGGAUGGAAGAAUAAAAGUUUGACAAACUUAUUAUUGUUGGUGUUUCAAAGGCUCUUUGACUUUGAGGAUUUGUUGGUAAUAUAUGGCUUUGUAUGGCUUUUUGGGUAA